GUCCCCCCAUUCCACGUCCCCCCAUUCCAUUAGGCAUCACUCUCUUGUGAUCGUAUAAAAUCGCGGACGAAUCGAAUUGAAAGUAUCAGUUAUCUAGCUGUUUCAAGCAAGUCAACUACUGCUCCAACAUGAAGUUCUUCGUCCUCGUUGCCCUUUUCGCCUUUGCUGCUGCCGAUUCUUACAAGGCUGCUGAGUACAAAGCCCCCAUGUAUGAUUCUCCCAAGUACGAGGCACCUAAGUACGAAUCUCCUAAAUACGAGACUCCCAAGUACGAGACUCCUAAAUAUGAAGCUCCUAAGUACGAGACUCCCAAGUACGAGGCUCCCAAGUACGAGGCUCCUAAAUACGUAGCCCCUAAGUACGAAGCCCCUAAGUACGAAGCCCCUAAGUACGAGACUCCCAAGUACGAGGCUCCUAAAUACGUAGCCCCUAAGUACGAAGCCCCUAAGUACGAGACUCCCAAGUACGAGGCUCCUAAAUACGAAGAAGUCACAUACGCCGCUCAACCCUACAGCUUCGGAUACGAGGUCCAGGAUAAAGAAUCUUACACUGACUUCGAGCAUACCGAAAAAUCUGACUACAACGUUGUCACCGGAUCUUACCGUGUGGUUCUCCCCGACAGCCGCGUCCAGAUCGUCACCUACAAGGCUGACGCCAACGGAUACACCGCUGACGUGAAAUACGAAGGCGAAGCCAAGUACCCUGAGUACGUUGAGUCCCAAUACAAAUCUUCUUCUUCCUACGCUGCCCCUGCCUACAAGGCUCCUGAAUACAAAAAACCGGCCUACACCGCUCCAGCCUACACUGCUCCAGCCUACCAAGCUCCAGCCUACCAAGCUCCAGCCUACCAAGCUCCUGCUGCCUACCCUAAUUAUUAAUUCCCAUAAAUCGCAGUCUUCAUUGUGAGAUUAUUAUUUAAUAAAUCAAAUCUUCUAAC